AUGGGUGCCCCUUUUCGGGUCGGGCAGGGAGCGGCGGGGGCAAGGACAUCUAGGGGGGAUGAACUGUGGGAGCAAUCAGCAGCUAGGCUGCCUUCAACAGACGGACCUUCUCUCUCAUCUUCAGCUGCCACUCCCGUUCAGGACUUCAGCUGUGAGGGCAAGGCCACGAGGGCUCCCAUCAAGACACCGCUGCAAGCAGCAGAAGCAAAAUAUAAGGCGGGGAAAGAAGAGCAGUGCAAAGGGGAAGGAUCUGACCCCAAGGCUUCAUCGCAGGCAACGAAGAAUGGGUUAGCUGGCUGUGAUGGAGGCAACUGCCCUCCGAAGAAGGAAGUUGAAGGAGUUGUGGAAUCAUGCCAACAAGAAAACACAAAUGUCCUACCUGGUAGGCAGGACUGUUCGCUGCUUCUUGGUUGCCAAACAAGCCUGGCUAACCAGGAAAGUCAGAGGAAGCCAUAUCUCUCUGCAAAAUCCCACGCGAAUAUUCUGAGGAAAGGAGCGACCACGACACACGCUUCAUCAUCAAAGGCGGAAUGUAUCGGUGUACCUGGAGCCUUCGGCUGCAAGGAUCACCAGACAACAAGACCGAAUAUAGAAGAGGAGAAGUCAGAAGUCACCCUCUCCACAUCUUUUCAAUCAAAGCAGUUCUUUAAAGGGCAUGAAUGUGUGAACAGCAAAGGGUUAGAAGACCCCGGCACGAAAACUGAGCAAAACGCAGAGAAGGAAAAGCCACUGGUGGUCAUGCGGGAGAAACCUUGCAGAGAAACCGAAGAUGAACGUCUCAAGAGACUGUCUGUCCACAAGGAGGAGAUCAUGAAAGGCAACGUUAAGGAAGCCAUGGAGAUAUUUGAGAACCUGAGGAAACAAGAGGCACUCCAAGAAAUUCUAACCCGAGUGAAGGAGUUUGAGGAGGAGACCUCUAAAGUGGAUGUGAAAGCACUGAGAAGUUUGUUUGAGGAUGUCCCGGAUUGGGUUGGGCAUCACAACGUUCACCAAACGAAGCAUCCCAAGUUGGAGAAGCCCGAGCAAAUGAGGGAAGUCAAGGAAGAGACGGACAGCGUUUCCUCUGUGGAGUUAGCUUUCGAAGAUCUAGAAUCAACAACCUUGGAUAUGCAGAUGAUACCACUCUGA